AGUCGGAGACGCAGAUCGUCAGAGUCACCUCCAAGGGCAUGUUGACAUCCUCAGGCGGAGGUCUGUGGAUGAUCAAGGAAAUCACACAAUGAGCAUCACUUUGAGGGGCUCGUUACGAUUGAGGGCUGUGUCUCUCAAGUUAUCAUAUCAUAUCGUUCCUCGACGGCCCAUGGCCUCAUCCUCCAGCACAGCUGCCGGACCGGUCCGGCUAGUCCUGUUCGAUAUCUUUGAUACGCUAUGCACGCCUCGUAUGCCAAUUUAUGAGCAAUAUCAUGAGGAAGUCCUAAAGACGUCAUUACACUCGAGCUCCAUAUCACCCGAGAGCAUAAGACAGGGAUUCAAGAUAGCGUAUAAAGAGAUGAACCAAAUCUGGCCGCUGUACGGGAAACACACCGAUCCUCCAACUGCACCGGAGGACUGGUGGGCGGAAUUGAUACGGAGAUGUAUGGUACAUGCCGGCGGCGACGAGCAAGAGGUACUGCAGGUGAUGCCUCGCUUAGGCCCAGCUCUACUUGAGCGUUUCGAAAGUGAUGAAGGGUAUGAACCAUUCCCGGAAGCCCUUACAACUCUGGUCAGAUUAAGACGAAAGGGCGUCAAGGUUUCUCUAGUGUCCAAUGCUGAUCCUCGCAUACUGAAGACACUUGACGCCCUGAGCAUCACCCAUCUCUUGUCUUACCCUCCCACUCUCUCAUGGGAUGUGGAAUUGUCGAAGCCCGAUCCAGCAAUAUUCCAGAAAGCCUGCGAAUCUUGCGGCGAGAGCGUAGGAGAGGGAGUAAUCAUGGUUGGAGACGAGCUCAAAGCGGACUACCGCGGGGCAAUAAAUGCUGGACUGGAGGCCAGACUCAUACGGCGGCCGGGCGAGUGGAGUGAUGGAGCAGUACGAGCGCCAGAGGAAGAUUUGCAAGGCGUACACGUCAUACGAGAUCUCGACGAGGUCGUCCAGGAGGUUGACCGCCGUAAUCUUACACAAAACCCCGGCCGUCCGCCCGACAAACCUGCAUGAGCAGGACGUGCCGA